GAUUAUACGUCACAAUAACAUUUUAAUAUUUGUUAUACUAAUACAAAAAUAUUCACAAUGCAUUGUGCUGUCAAUGUUUUGGCACGUGGUCUGAUUUAGUCAGUAUUUGAUUUGGUGCUCCUUAAUGUUCAACCACAGAUAAGAUGUAUUUGUGGUAAAUAUUUGACAUUACAAUGAAAAUAUGACAUUGAUAAACAUUGACUAUUGAAUAAAAAGUGGAAACAUUGAUUUAAAUUUCAAACAAAUAAAUACAUGACUAAAUCAUGAUUACCACAUAGCAACUUACAUUCCUGUAUACCAAAUAUCAAAAACGAUGAAUGGCGUCAGUGCUGCUAAUAGUAGAUGAGUCGCAAGGAAGCAUUAUCUCAAUUUAUUCAACAAAUCCAUGGACGUCCUGUUGUUGUAAAGUUAAAUAGUGGUGUAGAUUAUAGAGGUGUUUUAGCUUGUCUUGAUGGUUACAUGAAUAUAGCAUUGGAACAGACAGAAGAAUAUGUGAAUGGUCAAUUAAAAGAUAAAUACGGUGAUGCUUUUAUUCGUGGUAACAAUGUAUUAUAUAUCAGUACACAAAAACGUAGAACUUAAAUAAAAACAAAUAUGUAAUUUG